AAACAUGAAUGUGUAUGGGUACGUUUGCUUAACUGGGGUUAUAGCCAGAGUUGUACUGGGGUGUUUAACACCUUGUGAUGACGCCUGCAGAAUAUCUGGUAACACUAUAUCAUAUGCCAGAGUGACUAGAAAACCAGCAUUUAGAGUUGUAAAUGAUACUCUUUAUAACAGACUGGAUCCAGAUUCAAACAAAGCUUAUGAAGACAUGAAAAAGCAAAUUCUACAAUCAAAACUGGAAGAAAGCACUCAAAAGGAUAAAAAAGAUAGAGAUGUUUCAGCUGAAAAAUCUGAAACUGUUAAGUAUGAAAUAAGACUCCAUGAAAAAUACAACAAUCAAGAUGCAGAGAAUUUUGAAAAUUAUUCUGAAGAAAAGGAAGAGUUUAAACAAAUGAAAAAUGCCAGGAAACAAAUAAAUUAUUCACCAUAUUCACUGGAAGACAUUAACACCUCUGAAGCUAGGGCUAAGCCAGACUUUGAAGAGGAUAAAGUUUCAGUUGAAUUUGUCUAUCCUGAUUCUGCUAGUGUAGUACAUGUGUACACCAAUCCUGAGGACUCAGAACCUGUUUAUAAUGUUGACGGCUCUCUCCUUCUGCAACCUGAGUUCAGUGGGUACACAGAGGCAAUCCCAAGAACAGAUGAAGAACAGUCUGUUUGGGGUUUUAUUGUAGGAAUGUUUCCAACACCAGUGACUAGACGGAGAGAAGAGAAGGAUAUAAUUCCUGACAAGAUUUCUGAAUCAACUUUGGUGCUGAUUCCUGAACAUGAAACAAAUAGGAAUAUUCUUUAAUGGAACUGAUCGACUAAAAUAAAUAUUAUUAUGUGUAGAAUAUUUAAAUAAAUAAAGCUUGUAUUGACAUAAAAGAAUAAACACAUUCAUACUGAUAAAAGA